AUGUCAGAAGAAGUGUUUGUAACCUUUAGAAAAACCAAAAGAAAAAUUAAUACGAGAGAAAGAAGUAUAGAUGGAGAAAAAGAUGAUUUAAACGUUGAAACAUUAGAAGAAAUCUUGAAAAAACAAAAAUCUCGUGAAAUAAAAAGAGGCCUAAAAGAAGUAGAUAAUUCAUUGAAAGAAGAUUCUUCUAAAAGAUGUAAAGUUACAAGAUCAAAAGAUAUAUCUUCAGCUAUGAUUUCUGAUGAAAAAAAAUCUCAAAUAGCAGCAAUUCAAAUUAAAGAUUCAUUUUUGUCUAAAUUUAGGCCUGAAGGUGAAGAAGAAAUUAUAACAGAAAAGAUGAACAAAGAUAACGAAUUAAGAAAACGAAGGGCACAAUUAAAUUUAGAAGAUGAACCAGAGAUUUCUCAAAAAUUUACUACAACCACCUUUGAGGAUGAGAUACUUUAUAAAGCUGCUGAAAAAAUAAAUGAAAUUGCCGGUAAAAGUAAUAUAAAAGAAACUGGCAUUGAAAUGGAUAUUGGUAUACCAGAAGUAGAUGUUGGAUUUGAAAAUAAAGUAAAAAGAAUAGUAGAAUUGGAAGAGAAAAAGAAAAAAUUAUCGUUUCUGAAACAGUAA